AUGAGGCUGGCCGAAAAUAACGAUCGUACGCCGUCGCUGACAGACCACCAGUCCCGGAGCCCGGACAAGUCUCUCAUCUCUCCUGAGGUUUGGCAUCACAUCUUUACAUUUUUGCCCCCAAAAUCGCUAGGCAAUUUGUUGGCUGUCAACAAAUUGUUCAACCUCUAUCUUGAUCCUGCGUCGUCAGUUCGCAGGGGAAUUCCUGCCUCUGCGGACAGCGGUGUCCUACGCCCGUUGAAGCCCAAUGCCAUUUGGCAAGCUUCGAGGCGGCUUUUUUGGCCGCAAAUGCCCACCCCCAUUCGCUCAAACACUGAACUUGAGAUGUGGCGACUUGCAUGCUCACGCAGGUGUCAGAGCUGCGGGAAAGCAGCCGGUGGAGACCGCGGUGCUCCUCCCAACCCAAGGCAGCCGGGCUUAGGAUCAGAAGGAGUCACAGCCAUCUGGGCUUUUGGCAGCCGCAUGUGCGUCGACUGUCUCGUUCGGAAGUCUGUGAAGGAGGUCGAUUUGCUCCUAUCGCCAACUAUUCCUUCCGUUGUUGUUCCUGCACUCCCAUUCGUAUUUAUCACACAGGAUCUCCGUGUGUUCUCUGCUACUGCACUGGAGCAAGCACUGGAGCAAGGUCAGCUGCCUGCCGACCUUCAGGUCACUAAGCGAUUUUUAUCAUCAGAUGUCGAAGCCCUUGAACAGGAAUUUGUACAAGUCCAAAGCAUGGGCCACGGCACCGUGAGCGAAUGGUUAAAAGGCCUUUCUGGUCGAGGCAAGGACUUGCAGCACGAUGCCUUAAAAUGGGAAAAGUGGGAAUCCUCAGGCGGGGUUGCAAAAAUGUGUUCCCAGCUGUAUCCUGGAUUCGUGGGAAAACCAUCGGCUUCGCUGGUUCGCGAGUCACUGGCCGGCCUUCCUACGACGUUAGCAAACCCACCCUCAUCGACCACGUCGCGUCACUCUCUGUCCCAGGGACGUCAUGAGCGGACUGCGGAAGAGGUUGCCGAGCUAAAAGCAACCAGGAAGGCUGAGAUUGAGCGGCGAGCCCUGCUCCUGGACCCACCUUUGACCCCAAACGUCCUUCGCCACAUACCUUCCUUCCAAGCUGCCACGCAGAUUGUUGCUCCGUUGGACGGCAACGCCUGGGAACUCCUCAAGCCGCGAUUGUUGGCUCAGCGAGCAGAUGCUGAACGCAGGGAGAGUGAAACUUUCGUGCAGGUCAAGGCCGAACUGGAACCCCCAGGGCACGGCCGUCUCGAGACAACCUUGGCUACUACAAAGGAAGCUCGUGAUCGCAUUGACAAGGACUGGGAGGAGGCGCAAGCGCCAUUGCGUGCUCGAAUCGCUGGUUACGCAGACGAGAUUAUCCGUGAUGCUUGGGAUAGCGGCAAGAAGGUCACGCGAGAAACAUGCCCACGGUUCGCUGUCGAGGCUCUGGUAUAUGUUCGGAAGCGGUUCUAUGCCCAGAUGGCAAAGGACACCACAGCCGCGAGGGCCGCAGGCGAAGCACCACGAACGGACCCGCCGGAGGGACCGUUUACCCAAAAGCUGACCCUGGAGAACAUGAAGUGGAUCUUUGACACCAAAAUCAAACCUCACACAGAGCCCUUGCGCAAGGAGCUUUUCUUCUGCAAUGGCUGCGAGGGGAGUUACAAGACAUUUGGCUUUGAAGGCGUCAUUCAGCAUUAUGCAGCAAAACAUACAAAUGCCCUCAGUGCCGGAAACGUUGUCGUGCAUUGGAGAGCCGAAUGGCCGGAGCAUCCUCCGUUUAGUGCCGAAGUCCGGCCAGUCAGGACCUCCCUUUAUCCUUCCCGCCCGGGUGGCUUGAUUAUGGCUGCAGGACAACCUCCGCAAUCGAAUUACAAUCACCUACCAACAGCCACCGGCCCUGUCCCACCUCCUAGCUACCCGCCUGGUGUGGGAUAUGGGAACGGUGUACCAACUUACCAUGAUCCUUAUCAACAGCCGCCAGCACUACCGCCUCCCCAUACACACGCCUACCAACCGCCGCCAGCAGCUCCUCCUUUUCCGCCACAGCCAGCAUUUCAGCCACAGGCGCCUUAUGUCCCCCCGCCACCCCAGUAUCAGCCGUUCCAGUCGCCCUUCGCGCCAUAUCCUCCCUCGGCUGUUGACUCGUCGCGAGGUUAUGCUGCACCCCAGACUGGCCUGUACAACCACAACUACGGAUCUUACCAAGCCAACAGCAAUGGCAUCUAUGCUAAUUCCCGCCCUCAGGCAUACCCGAACCUCUAUCAGACCAAGUUGGAGGAUAUUGCCCGCAACUCUCGAGAGGUUUGGCGGCUUCUUGGUGAUAUCAAAGGCCUGCCCUCAAGUGCAAGGGUUUUCGCGACGAUCCAUCAUGUCGUCAAGAGAUUCCGGUCCAGAUUCUACGAGACGCCUCCCUUAUCCAUGUUCAUCGAUGGCUUGUCCAACAAUAAGGAAAUGCGUCCAGUCCGCUAUGUCAACGGCCUGAUUUGCAAGGCUUGCCGCUUGGGACUCGGCAACGCAGCGUCAGUUGAGGAAGACCGAAAGCACUUCUCCUUACCGCAGCUGACAAAUCACUUCCAAUCCAAGCACGUGGAACCGAUGCUGAAAAUGCAAAAUACGGCCGCUCCCCUCGACUGGGUGGUGGAUAUGGUGUUCUUGGAUGGUAUGGACACCAUGUCCACGAUCGUCGCCUCCGCCAAGGAGACUCAAAGAAGCUUACUCACGGCCGCUUUUCCGUCUGCCAUCAAAUCCCAGCCAAAGCCCGGUCCAGCCUCUUACCAUCCGGAACAGCCAGGCCAGCAGCAUGAACCAGUAUCCGCCGCAGGCUAUGUCCCUGAUACGGCGGUUGCUCGCCACGAAUCGAACAGAUACCCGCCACAACCACCGCCAAGCGAUGCUCAUCGACCUGCCUCCGGUGUUCUAGAUAAACAUUCUGCCGCGGCGGAAUCUGUGGGAGCAGGCCCACUUGCAAAUUCCUGGAGCGCAGGCCAUUCUCUCAACAGCGCGACGCCAGACACAAUGUCGGAAAAUGAUCGAUCGGGUCAUAGCGAGGGCGGCGGGAAUCGCCGGAAUCGUGCGCAAGACGCGUUUCAGAAAGGACGGGCUAGCAACAAUAGAAAGGCAAAGGCGCCAAGUGGCAUUGGCUCCAGCAAUCGCACCUCAGAAAACCAGUCGAGUGCCGAUGGUGAAACGGUACGACGUGACGAGCCGAACGUACGCUUGACGGGAACUUCAAAUCAAACAGAGGCCAUGCGCGCGCAAUCGUCGUCUAUACAACCUCGAGAACCUCGAACAGUUAGUACCCUGACGGCGUGGGCACCUUCACAGCGAGCCGCGCAAUCGCCACAGUACCCUGAUGGGAAUUACCCCUCCCGCCGCGAGCCGGUGCCUCCGGAAGGCGCGAAACAGGAGCCGGACAUUGUGGCGGCCCUGGAGUCGCGUCUCGCGGAGAGACGCUCCCCACCGCCCCGAAGCCAAGAGCGAGCUUCGAAUGCAGCGCUGUACGUCGACAGUCACGGGACUGCGGUAUCAUCAGACUUGCAGGAUGCGUCCAGGUCGCACAUCCGGUAUGGCCAGAGAGAACACCGCGCAGACUCACCCGUGCACAGAGCCAGAUACUACGAAACUAGCUCAAGGGGCGAAGAACUCCCUGUUCGACGGCACGAGGUCAUGUACUACCCCAAGAUGGAACCGGUCCACAGGCGGGAGGAAGAGUAUAGCCCUAGAUGGAUCCAGCCCGGUGAGGUCGGGCCAUCGGCGCGACAUACACUCGAAGGGCGCUUCAGCCGACCUCCAUCUCUCCGACCGGAAGACAUCGAUUACGGUGCAGCACGGCGAGAACCAGACAUGUAUUACCGCUAUCGCGAGGACAGUGCACGGGGGCAAUCCCGGCCGCCGCCGGUGGAAGCGUACGAGAUUGUGCAGGUCAUUGACGAGCAUGGAGAAUACUACAUCCGCCGCCCCGUUCGUCGUGAACCCGACACGCGGUACGGAUACGUCUACGAAGAACGGAGAGUGCAACGCGACUUGGGCCCUUCUGUUGCUGCAGUCUCUGAGCCGGCCUAUGUUUCCGUUGGAGGAAACAGGCCGGGUUUUGCUCGUGACGCGGCUUGGGACGGAGGCAUGCCACCCGGGGGUGGUCGGCCAACUGCUCGUCCCGGUCCUGCUGACCCGGCCUAUCACGAGGAAUACAACCCGUGGUAUCCGGCGGCCUGA